AUGGCGGCAGCGCUACAGCCUUUGGAGUUGGUGGAUAAAUGCAUUGGUUCCCGGAUUCAUGUCAUCAUGAAAAACGACAAGGAGCUGGUCGGAACUCUCCUCGGCUUUGACGAUUUCGUCAACAUGGUGCUUGAAGAUGUGAAAGAGUAUGUAAUUACCCCCAACGGGCGUGAGGUGCACCGACAGAAGAAGAUUCUGCUCAACGGCAGCAACAUUGCCAUUCUUGUGCCAGGUAGCGAUGGUCCUGAAUGA